UAAACAGUCUCAGGCCUCUGGGAAUUCUCUCUCUGCAGAUCAUCAAACGCUGUGACCUCAUACUCCUGAUGGAAAUCAAGGACAGCAGCAACAAGAUCUGUCCCAUGCUGAUGGAGAGGCUCAAUGGAAAUUCAAGGAGAGGCAUAACAUACAACUAUGUGAUUAGCUCUCGGCUUGGAAGAAACACAUAUAAAGAACAGUAUGCCUUUGUCUACAAAGAGAAGCUGGUGUCUGUGAAGGAAAACUAUCUCUACCAUGACUACCAGGAUGGAGAUGCUGAUGUGUUUUCCAGGGAACCCUUUGUGGUUUGGUUCCAGUCCCCCCACACUGCUGUCAAGGACUUCGUGAUCGUCCCCCUGCACACCCCCGAGACAUCCGUUAAAGAGAUCGAUGAGCUGGCUGAUGUCUACAGGGAUGUGAAACGCCGAUGGAAGGUGGAGAAUUUCAUUUUCAUGGGUGACUUCAAUGCUGGCUGCAGUUACGUCCCCAAGAAGGCCUGGAAGAACAUUCGCUUGAGGACUGACCCUGGGUUUGUUUGGCUGAUUGGUGACCAGGAGGACACCACGGUCAAGAAGAGCACCAACUGUGCCUAUGACAGGAUUGUGCUUCGAGGACAAGAGAUCAUGGACUCUGUAGUUCCCAAGUCAAAUGGUGUCUUUGACUUCCAGAAAGCUUACGAGUUGUCUGAAGAGGAGGCCCUGGAAGUCAGUGACCACUUUCCAGUUGAAUUUAAACUACAGUCUUCAAGAGCCUUCACCAAUAGCAAGAAAUCUGUUACUUUGAGGAAGAGAAAAAAAGGCAAUCACUCCUAG